GCUUUACGGCCGUCAACUUUCUCCGCGGUCUGCGUCCGAUUUCGUGGUCGCCUGCGCAGCGGCGGAGCGGCGAUGAGGCAGAAACGCAAAGGCGACCUCAGCCCUGCUGAGCUGAUGAUGCUGACCAUCGGAGAUGUUAUUAAACAACUGAUUGAAGCCCAUGAACAGGGGAAAGACAUUGACCUGAAUAAGGUGAAAACCAAGACAGCAGCCAAAUAUGGCCUGUCAGCGCAGCCCCGCCUGGUGGAUAUCAUUGCCGCAGUCCCCCCUCAGUAUCGGAAAGUCUUGGUUCCCAAGUUAAAGGCCAAACCCAUCAGGACUGCCAGUGGAAUUGCUGUUGUAGCUGUGAUGUGCAAACCACACAGGUGUCCACAUAUCAGUUUUACAGGAAAUAUAUGUGUCUAUUGCCCUGGUGGACCUGACUCUGAUUUUGAAUAUUCAACCCAGUCUUACACUGGAUAUGAGCCAACCUCCAUGCGAGCUAUUCGUGCUAGAUAUGACCCUUAUCUACAGACAAGACACCGGAUAGAACAGUUAAAACAGCUUGGUCACAGCGUGGACAAAGUGGAGUUUAUUGUGAUGGGUGGAACGUUUAUGGCUCUUCCAGAAGAAUACAGAGAUUAUUUUAUCAGGAGUUUACACGAUGCUUUAUCAGGACAUACUUCCAACAACAUUUACGAGGCAGUCAAGUAUUCUGAGAGAAGCCUCACGAAGUGUAUUGGAAUUACUAUUGAGACCAGACCAGAUUAUUGCAUGAAGCGGCACCUAAGUGACAUGCUCACCUAUGGCUGCACGAGGCUGGAGAUUGGGGUGCAGAGUGUCUAUGAAGAUGUGGCCAGAGACACCAACAGGGGCCACACGGUGAAGGCAGUAUGUGAGUCAUUCCACCUGGCCAAAGAUUCUGGGUUCAAAGUUGUGGCUCAUAUGAUGCCUGACCUGCCAAACGUGGGACUCGAACGAGACAUUGAACAGUUCAUAGAGUUCUUCGAGAACCCUGCUUUCCGUCCUGACGGUUUGAAACUCUACCCUACCCUGGUGAUUCGUGGCACGGGGCUGUAUGAGCUUUGGAAAUCAGGAAGAUACAAGAGUUACUCUCCCAGUGACCUGAUCGAGCUGGUGGCUCGGAUUCUCGCCCUUGUGCCUCCCUGGACUCGAGUGUACCGAGUGCAAAGAGACAUCCCGAUGCCCCUGGUGAGCUCAGGCGUAGAGCACGGCAACUUGAGGGAGCUGGCCUUUGCAAGGAUGAAAGACCUCGGGAUACAGUGUCGAGAUGUAAGAACCCGAGAAGUUGGAAUACAAGAAAUUCAUCACAAAGUACGGCCAUAUCAGGUUGAAUUGGUAAGGAGAGACUAUGUUGCAAAUGGUGGCUGGGAAACGUUUUUGUCCUAUGAAGAUCCUGAUCAGGACAUUCUGAUUGGCCUCCUGCGAUUACGGAAGUGUUCAGAGGAGACUUUCCGCUUUGAGUUGGGCGGUGGUGUUUCCAUAGUUCGAGAGCUGCAUGUCUAUGGGAGUGUGGUUCCCGUGAGCAGCCGGGAUCCUACAAAAUUUCAGCAUCAGGGCUUUGGCAUGCUGCUGAUGGAGGAGGCAGAAAGAAUAGCUCGAGAAGAACACGGAUCUGGGAAAAUAGCUGUUAUAUCAGGGGUUGGCACCAGGAAUUACUACAGGAAGAUUGGCUACAGAUUGCAAGGCCCAUACAUGGUGAAGAUGCUCAGGUAACAGCUACCUCUACGCAGCAUCCUCUGUGGCGAAGGACAGACUCUCCAUGUCUGGCAUUGAGCAGAGAGGCCAGACCUACGCUGUGCACCGGCAGGGAGCACGCCUCAU